GCAAUAUGUCAUAAUAAUGAUUGGUGGGGGCAGGUUUGUUUUCUUUUUUCAUCCACUCGUAGCUAUUGUGUACGGCUAGCUGUGGUCGGUUGAGUAAUUCACCUGCGGAAAAAUGUGGAAAAUCUUCACACACCGUAACCGGUACGUUGCGACCGGUGCUUCGUUCGCGAAGCGAACCUUCCUGUCCGACGCGUACCAGUGCCGGGAGGCUUGGAACGCUCGGUUGUCCACCCCGAUACUGGAGAAGAUAAACCUCGAUACGCUGUACUACGAUCUGGAGCAGCGGUUCCAGCAGAAGCAAAAAAUUUCCGCAAUCGAUAUCGACAUCUACGCCAACAAGCUAACGGACGACACGCACAUCGAGGAAAUAGCCGACUUUCUGUACAAAUUUCGUCUGACAGAGGAAACAUCGAACACACUCGACUCAACACACCAUGCCGUGGUGCGGAACUAUCUCGACCACAAGUGCUACGGGCAGCUGCUUGAGGUGCUGAACAAUCGUAUCGGGUACGGUGUGUUUUUGGACGAUUACAGCGCCAACCUGACGCUCGACCAAUUGAUCAAGGAGAAAAAGUUUCGGCAUGCGGCACGUGUCGCCACACUGCUAGCGCUGCAAGAGGAUUUUUCUAAUCCCAUCACCAAAGCACUCGCGCUGUACAGCUGCUACCGGUAUGCAAAGGCGCCGGAUGCGGAGCAUUUCGAUGAUCUAACGCCAGUGCAGCAGGAUGCAACCGAGGCCGAAGGCCAGAAGAAGAAAAAGAAGGAAGAAAUCAAAGUGAGGGUCAAGUUUUUGCGCAAUGAAUUUUUCGACGAUCACUUUGAUCUUACCGACAGUCAGCUGUUGCUCGGUAAAACAUUCGUAGAGCUUGGUCGCAGCUACGGUGGUGCCAGCACCGCGAUUGGUGCGAACUGUGAGCUGUUGGGAUUGGCGAUGUACAGAAAGUAUGAUCAGGCGAUCGGAUUCGCUAAGGAAAAUGCGGGAAAGGAAUUGUAUGAGGAAGUUCUGCAAAUGAUCCGAAGCACGCUGGAGAAGGAAGCGAACAAGGAGGACGAAAAGUAUGCGGCGUUUUGCGAGGUGGUUGACAAAAUAGAGGCCGUCAUGAAGCUCAGUAAGGAAAGCUUCGAAAAGGUAAUCCUGGAGCAGGUGAACAAGAGCGUAGGUUCGUUGGAAAAACAGCAAAUAGAGACCCAGGCAAAGCUCUAUUCGGACUGGUGCAAUCUGCGGCAGCAACGGCUCGAUGAAGAAUUUGACCGAAUGCAGCGUGCGAAGCGGCUGAAGGAAAUCGAACAGCUCGCCGCGGAUAUGGAGAAGGAAGAGCAGAAGCUGUGGUUCUUCGAAAACGAGGAUAAGAUCGAUCUUCAGAUCGAUAGCAAACAGGUGUACUAUCCCAAACGGUGGUUUGGCAAGAAAAAGAAGCCACGCACCGUCGAUGUGGAUUACGUUCCGCCGGAAGUUCGGCAGCGAAAUUAACGUUUGCAACGCUAAUCGUGUCAGCAAUUAAUCGAUGCGUAGUGUAGUGAUUAAAUGUGGAAAUAAAUAAAAUGAGCAAAAUCCCAUUUUUUUCAAAAUCA